GACGGAAAAGAAAUGUUUAAAAACGCAUAUUACGCCAUAGGAAAUCCCCAACCUCGGCCUGAUCUACAGCUUUCUACAUCAUUACCGUCAAAAGCAUUGGACUUCAAUAAGUUUACAUCAAAGCGGGCAUCAAAUCAUGUGGAAGAAGGUCAAGGGUCCGCUUCUACACUCCUGCCUUUGAUUAACAAUAUGGAUGUGUGCCAGUAUGUAAAAGACAACGUACGCAACCGCAGUCGUUUCAUGCCGUACAGUAGCAAUCGGGCAUGCUUGGCUGCGGGCAAUAAUUCACAUCCCCAGCAACUGCAGGCUGCUAAGACAAGUUCCCAAGCAUACAAGUCUUAUGAGUCGACCCAGCAGAGAAAAAGCAACUGUUCCAUGCCUCAGACCAUGUUUUCUUCAGUAGAUAUAGGCAAGAACUUCCAAAGCUCUUUUGCCAUUAGUAUCGCCGAUAAUAGGUGCUCAGUGGAGGAAUAUGCUUUUAAAAACACUGUUAUCAGCACUAUUGCACCCAAUGUGGUAUUCCAUUUCUCCAGGCCCACUACAACCGUAGCCAUCAAAAGGGUAAAUUGCGUUGCAGGCGGAAAUAAUGAAGGGCACAUUUUUUCCAAAGUGAAGGAGGACAGAGAUACAGUAACAUUGCAGAUUACCAAUCUGGACUACUCGUUGGAUGAGUCAAGUCUUCGCAGCUUUCUAAUGAAUCAGCUCAAGCCAAUUACGCCUGUUGUUUCACUCGUUUUUGAGGGAAACUCCUAUGCCAAAGUGACUGUACCGGAUCUUUAUUUUGCCAAACAGGUCGUCUCUAACUUGCACCGAAAAAAGGUUGGACAUAAGCGCAUGCUGGUCAGUUAUACUCGAGACUCUUCGCUGACUGAGAUUAAAACACUACGCUGCCAAGUCGCGGGACUGCUUAAGGAUGUGCCGUACAAUACUCUACCCAUAUAUAAGUUUAGAGAGCUCUUCCAGUCGCGCUUUAAAACAUCAAUAAGUGUUUUAGAUUUGUACAAAAUGCAGGACAUAUGUACCAUCAGCUCGGCCAACAAUGAGGAAAAGUAUAUUAGCCUUCAUUUGGAACUAGUAAAUACCCUUGAGAGUUCGCCAUUGAUAGAGGGACUGCAACACAGCGUUCCUUACUGUAGUAUUCAUUUUAAAAGGGGACAGCACAUGGGGUGGGCUGAGCAGGAAAUUGAUCCCUUGCCCAAUGUCUAUAUGACUAUUUCGGAGAUUCAAAAAGUAGUCUAUCCGCUGCUUAAGAUACAUACGGGGGACAUUCCAGUGGCUACCCUUGCCCACUGUAUUGAAACACAGCUAAAGGUGCCAAUCGAGGCGAACGAAGGUGGCGUCAACUUGGAACAUUUGGUCUGCUGUGUACAGGGAGUUCAUAUUAAAGUUAACAACUUCGGCAUAAAAAUUCUCGCAUGGUUAGAAGCGAACCAGGAAAUUGAAUCUGCUGAAUCUAUAAAAAGCUUUUGUUUAAACUACACUACCAGUGAACGGGCAUGCUACUUCAAAAACUCUGUAGCUGAUCCGCUUUUUCAAAUAUCCCGCGAAGUUAUUGAGCUAGUAAAAAUGUCACCAAAAUCGACUAUAAAGUUCAACCGCUUUAUUCCAGCCUAUCACAAUCACUUUGGAAAACAAUGCCGAGUGGCAGACUACGGCUAUACAAAGCUAAUCGAGCUCUUUGAUGCCAUGGCUUCUGUGGUGCAGAUUAUGGGAGACGGAGAAAAUCGACAAAUAACUUUGACCCACCGGACACAAAUACGUAGGUUCACCUCAGACUUAUUACGGAUUCUUCGUGCACAUGGUAAAAAUUGUCUGUUACUCUCUCAACUGCCAAGAGUAUUUGCUCAGACUCAAAGUCGAAAUUUUGACGUUACGGACUAUGGAGUGUGCGACAUUGAAGACAUUCUAAAUGAACUAGUCAACUCCAACGUAGUGUCUCUUAACCGUGUUCAUAACGAUAAAGAUAUUCUUAUAUCAUUAAUAAAACGUAAACAGACUAUCAGUGAAUUGGAGAAAACAUGUGUGUUCGCAGGAGAAAUGGUGGAGCUUUUGCAAAACGCCCUACAGUACACUAUUCCGUUUCAGAAGUUCAUACGAUCCUACCAUUACCACUUUUCCUACCAAUGUCGGCUUAGUGACUAUGGUUUCCUUAAAUUAGCGGAUCUUUUGGAUGCAAUUAACGGCUUAGUCGAGAUAGAGUUGAUAAGCGAUGAGGACAAAAGAAUAGUACUGUCGCCAAUGGUGGCAAGGAGAGUUUUUGCCGAGCAAUGUGAGGACCUUGUACGCAACGCCACUGGAAGCGGAACACGCUGUAUGAAGCUUAAUGAAGUGCUAACUCUCCACAAAGUAAAGUACGGCUACCAGAUCCAACCGAAAACACUGGGUGUCACGGAUAUGGCUAAAGGAUUUGAGUUGUUGCCCUACGUUGAGCUUAAAAAAAAAUAUCAGACCACUUGGGUCAUAUGUCACAAUAACGACAUUGAGUUUCGUCUUCUAUGCUACAGGGCAUGCAAUCAUCUCAUUCAAUGGGAGAAAGACGAUAUAAAAUAUUCUCAGAUGCUAGAAAGUUUCCAAAAAAAUAAGUUUUUAAGCGAAUUCAAUGCUAAACACAAGGACCAGCUUACAGAUUCGGCUCUUUUAGCCAUGCGACAUGCAAUAGAAAUUUAUUUUGACGCCGGUGAGCAGUGCAUCCGUCUUACCAGUUUUAUGAGAUUCUUAAUUAAGAUUGUGCAUAUGCUAGAACUGCGGCCCAGCAUGCAACUGUAUGAAAUCAAGAACGGAUUAGAAAGUGGCCUCACCGCCACCUUUGAAUUUGGAUUCCCCAAUCUGUAUUCGGUGAUUGUAGCUCACGAGGAACUAUUUACGGUUAAGAUUGGAUCAACCCAGGAAAGAAGCCUGGUUUCUCUUAAUAAUAAGUGCGAAUUGCGCCAGUGUUCCGAAAUUGUUCAACAACCCAUUUUGAGUGGACGAAAGCAACCAUUUUCUAAACAUAGAGCCCAACGCAACUUUAAUGCUCACUUAAGCGAUGCCAAUAGUGUACUUACAACUCAUCCCCAAAAGUAUCGUGCGAUCGCCGAUAACUAUUCAAAUGAAGUUAGCUUUGUGUCCAAUUAUCAAACAGAGAAAAAAAUGUUUACGACCUACAAGGAACAAUUCCUCAACUCACCAUUGCCUAAUACUUUUGACUCAGCUCAUAGAAAUAAAAGUAUAAGCAACCGUGACUAUGGCAAAGUAAGCUCGAUUAAUGCGCCGCGUCUUUUUCUUGACGGUUCAUUAAAUUCGUCCGGCGAGGGGAACACCAGUCUUUCAGCAAGGAAUUUGACUAAUAUAUCUCUGAGCACAGACAUCAGGCAGGCAACAUCAUGUGAACAGUCAUCCAAGCUUUGGAGUAGACGGCAAACUAUCGUAUAUAAACUUAAUCAUACCGAGUCUCCAAACUUGGAUAGUCGAAUUAAAGGUCAUUUGAAUAGCUGCAUCAUACUACCAAUAGGAUCAGUUUAUGGGCAACCAAACCCAAAUUCGCCAACAAUAGAGAAAUUACCAUUUUGGAUUGACCCUAUCUGGAGUGAGCGAACGGAAAAGCACAUUCCAGAUCUUGAAAAUUUUCAAAAGUUGCUUUCUCCCUAUACCAUUUCUAAAAAUGAAAACUUAAAGCGGCAGUUUUUCGAUUUUGAUAAUCACGAUCGUAAAAUAUCUUAAUUCUUUUAAUAGCACGUGAAAAGCCUUGUGUGGAGAAUUCCCAUAUUCGUUUACCCUUUUUUUUAAAUUUCUAGAAAAUGCUUCGAUAUUUAAAGAUUGUUUGAAAAUAAGU